UGUGUCUGAGAAGUGGCACCCUGCCCGCCUCCUCAGCGCUGUCACAGGCCUCCGCCGGCCCAUUCAUGAAGCUAUCGGCCGUGCGGAGGCUCGCGCUUGCCGGAUCGCUCAGCGCCAGCGUCGCGCUCGGACUGCAGCUGCAGCACGGCCGCGACGCGCGGCCGUUCGGAGCUAGCGUCGCCUUUGCGCAGCCACGGGCUGCUGGCGUGGCCAUGCUGGCCUCGCCCGCCGAAGGUCGGGCGCGGCUGAUCGACGGCAAGGCCAUCGCGGCCGCCGUGCGGCGCGACAUCAAGGCGAGCUCCGACGAGCUCAAGGCGGCGCAUGGCACGACGCCGGGCCUCGCCGUCGUGCUGGUGGGCAACCGGACCGACUCGGCGACGUACGUGCGGAUGAAGAAGAAGGCGGCGGCGGAGGUCGGCUUCUACUCCGUGGACCGCAACUUUGACGAGACCGUCACGCAGGAGCAGCUCCUCGCCACCGUCGAAGAGCUCAACGCGGACCCGCGCAUCCACGGCAUCCUCGUGCAGCUCCCUCUGCCGAGGCACAUCGACGAAGCCGCCGUCCUCGAGUCCAUCGCCGUCGCCAAGGACGUGGACGGAUUCUCCGCGGAAAACAUCGGCCGGAUGUGCCUCCGGGGCGGGGAGCCGCCCCUCGCGCUGCCGUGCACGCCCGCCGGCUGCGUCGAGCUGCUGCAGCGGUCCGAGAUCCAGGUGGCCGGCAAGGAGGUUGUCGUGCUUGGGCGGUCCAACAUCGUCGGCAUGCCUGUCGCCCACCUGCUCCAGUCGAUGGACGCCACCGUCACCGUCUGCCACUCGCGCACCGCAGACCUGCCUGCGCAGGUGCGGCGCGCAGACAUCGUCGUCGCCGCCAUCGGACGCGCUGAGCUCGUCAAGGCCGACUGGAUCAAGCCCGGCGCGGUCGUGAUCGACGUCGGCGUCAACUCGAAGCCCGCGCCCGAGGAUAAGCGUGGAUACAAGCUCUGCGGCGACGUCGACUUUGACCAGGUUUCCCUCGUCGCGGGCGCCAUCACCCCCGUGCCGGGCGGCGUCGGCCCGAUGACGAUAGCGAUGCUGCUCAAAAACACGCUCAACCUCACGCGCCACUCGCUCGGGCUGCCGCGCAUCCCGCUCCGCAGGCAGCAGUGAGGCUGCCUCCGCCCGGGCACGCGAGGUCCGCGACGCGCCGCUGGCCGCUGGGGCCGCCCGAGCGUGCGAGGACGAGGCGUCGCGUUUAUUUUUGCAUGCGGCCGCGCCGGCCCUCUGUCGCGUUGCGGCUCGUUGUCGGUGCACGGUGGUCCCGGCCGCCGGGGGGGUUUGAACGCAUUUUUAUCUAGAAUAUACGUGUAUACCGACUCGUAUGUGCGUAGUGGUGCCGUUCGGUUGGGGCGCCAGGGGCGCCACCCCGGUGUCGCUGCAGUCCACUUGCUCCCACACAAGAUCAAGAACGAAGAAGCGCAGAGGCGCAGAGAGCUCACCCCUCCUCGUCGGAGGAGGAGCCGUACGCCAGCCCGAGCAGCGAGGCGCCCGCACUGGCGCCGCCACUGGCGGAGGCCGCUCCUGCCGAUGCCGCCGCCGGCGCAGCAGCCGCGGCUGCGGGCGCGGGAGCCGCCGCCGCCGCAGGCUUGUCCGCCUCCGCCGCCCGCGGCCGCACGACGCGAAGCGCGGCGGGCAGCGAGGCACCCGGCCGCUUUGGCGGAGGGCGGGGCGGGGGCGGCGCGGCAGAGGCAACCGAGACGGGCGCCACCUGCGUGGUGCGUCGCUCCCGCGCGAGCUUGUAGAACUCUGCACUCUCCUGGUUCAUCCGCUCCGCCUCCCUCCGCUGCGCGUUGAGGCGGUCGACUCGCUCCUCCUCGAAGGCGGCGUCGUCCUCGUCGAGCCGCCAGUGGUCCAUCUGGUUCUUGAACUGGUGCGCCGCCUCCCACUCCUCCUGCUUCGCGUCGCGCUGCUCCUUGAGCCGGUCGUACAGCGUGCGGUUGUCGUCUGGGUCAAAGUUGGUGCUGACUGCGUCCGACUUGGCCUCCUCGCCGCCACCGCCCUCCUCCGCCGCCGGCUCCGGCCCGUCCUUCACGUCCGCACCCGCCUUGAACUGCUCCUCCGUGUAACGGCCGCCGCUGGCGAAGCGCUUCCCGAUUUGGUCGGCCUGCUGCCGCACGCUCGAGAAGACCUCUGCCGUGGAGCGGAGCUCGC